AGUUGGAAAGGGAGGGGAUGAGGAAGUCUAUAAAUAGGCCAAACUCUUAACCCAUUGAGAACCCACACACAUAGUCACAUACACUCCACAGACUAAUUAAGUUUGCACACACCAUAUCUUUAAGUAAAAUAAUGACACAUUUUCUUUUCUUUGCUGCCCUUAUCAUCUCUCUUUCACUUGCCCCCCCUUCCUUUUGCUUCCAUCCCAAAUCCUUUAACGUCUCCAAGUAUCAGUCCGAUGACUCUGAUUGGUCCCCCGCCGUCGCCACUUGGUACGGUCCUCCUGAUGGUGCUGGGAGUGAUGGAGGCUCAUGUGGGUAUGGAAAAGCGGUGGAGCAACCGCCAUUUUCGUCGUUUAUUGCGGCGGGAGGCCCUUCUUUGUACAAAUAUGGCCAAGCCUGUGGAGCUUGUUAUCAGGUGAAAUGCUCUGGAGAAGGCGCAUGCUCAGGGAAUCCAGUGACAGUGGUUAUAACUGAUAGUUGUCCCGGUGGAUCCUGUGCUUCCGACUCCGUCCACUUUGACCUAAGUGGCACUGCUUUUGGUGCUAUGGCUGCUACUGGUCGGGCAGAAGAACUACGCAGUCUCGGUGUUUUGCACAUUCAACAUAAAAGGGUGGAAUGCAAUUAUCCAGGAACGUCGAUCAAUUUCAUCGUUGACUCGGGGUCGAACUCGAACUAUUUUGCAGCUCUGAUCGAGUAUGAGGAUGGAGAUGGGGAACUUGGUUCAGUGGAGCUGAAACAGGGGGCCGUGGACUCAAACUCAUGGAUUCCAAUGAAGCAGUCAUGGGGUGCAGUUUGGAAGCUGGACUCCGGCUCAGCACUUCAAGCACCCUUCUCCCUCAGGCUUACUGCCCUCGACUCCGGCAAGACUGUGGUUGCUAACAACGUAAUUCCAGCUGGGUGGCAAGCAGGGAAGAGUUAUAGAUCAGUAGUCAACUUUGAUCCACUUAAAUAAUUAGUUAAAAAAAUUAAUAUAAUAAUUAAUUAAGAGAGUUUUAAUUAUAUAAGUAAUUAAUUAGGAGAUCGGGUGGAGGUGGAGCUCCGUUGUUACUUGUUAGUAACAGCAGAGAGCAGUACAACCAGUUAUAGUAAUAGUAGUAAUAUAGUAUAUGAGAGUAUGAGAAAGAGAAGUUAAUUAAUCUAAAUAUAUAGGAUCCAUAAGUAAUAUAUAUGCAAUGAACCGAAGGUCAACUUAAAUCGGUUGAGAUUAAAGACUUUCUGGGUUUGUCACGUUAUGGUUGAAUUUGCAUGCAUAAUUUUAUAUCAAAAUAAAUACUCUCCUAAUGCUAUAAUUGUUGUGUUAUAUGUA